AUGUGAAUAUGGCGUCGUUUACAUUGAGUGUCAACAUUGUGUAACCAAUUUGAAACGAAAAUAUUAUCUUUUAUCAAAGUUGACAGUUUUUCUCAAUAGCUUAAUUAUACUAAUUAAUUAUGGAUUCUUUUGAAGAUGAUGAUAUACUUUUCGUCAGUGACGAUGAGUCACCUGUUGCGGAGGUACCGUGUAGUUAUAAUCCCGUUGAUGAUCAUUUAAUUGAACAAUUAAAUAACGUCCGUGAUUGUAUUCAACGUGUGAAAAAUGAAACAAUUAAUGUUCAAUCUGUUACUAAAGAAGUUAUACGAAAACUUACUAAAACAUGUACAUAUUUCAUCGACAACAAUGAUGACAGCUCUGGUUCCGACUGUGAACUCUUUGAUGCUAAUUAUGAGCCCGUUGUUAAAAAAAAAAAAUUCGAUGAAGACCUUAAAGUACUGCUACAUGUUGGAAAUGUUUGGCAAAGAAUAAUUGAUGAUCAAUGGGUUGUAGGUGUAGAAUUACAAAAUCUAUCAAAUCGGGUUCUCGAGAAACCGAAGCUAUACAUAAUGAUUUCAGGACAGAGUGAGAUAAAAGGAGUGACAAGUUUUUGGGAGACUGUUAAUGAGUCAUUAUGGUCUAAAACAUGUGAGUUGGAUCCAAUGAGUGAAAAAAUAGUUGGAGUAACAGUGCUGGAUUUACCUAAUUUCCAAGAUACAACUCAAGUCAAAGCUUUUGGUACUGUUAUGUAUACACUUGAUGGUAGAGAACUGCAAACUCCGAUUAGUUGCUUCUCAUUAAAUAUCUCACAAGCUGUGGAUAAAUCGUUGACGCCUAGAUAUGCGACAAAUCGUAAUCAAAGUGUUCUAGCAAUGAAAGCUACAUCCUUUGAAAAGGUUAUUAUUAUUAGUCUUGAUGGAGAACUAGGUCGAGGCAUUAAGCUGCUUAAUUUCCUUCAAAAGAAAGAUUUUUGUGAGAUUCUUCCAGAUGUUCAUAUUUCCAAGAAUUCUGAAUCGCUGAGACAUUGUAUAUUUGAAUUUUUAUCAGUAGCAAGCACACAAGUGAUCCUUCGCAUCUCUGCUAGAUCGAUAGCACAGUUGAAUAUUAUGCUACACAUGCUUCUUAAUGAAUUCCCGGAUGCUCAAGAAAUUGAAAAACACAAUAAAAUUGCAGAAGCUGCUAUUACAUUGGAGAAAGAAUUUGAAUCAAAACUUGAAUGUGAUAAACCAAUAGAAUUAUUAAUUGCAAAAGUUAAAACGGAUUUGCUGAUGCAGUAGAUAAUUUUCUGGUUGGUUGAAUUGAAGUCCAAGGAAAUUGCUUCAAAGAUUUUUGAACGAUCAUUUAAAUUUAAACAUCGAUUAUUAUUCAUGUUAGAAUUUGUACGAUAAGAAUAAAUUAUAUUUAUACACGUUACAUUGUUGGAAUAAUUCUUGAAAACUCAUGCUUUGUGACAAUUCAUCGUACUUCUAUUUGUCAAAUAAAUAAAUUACUCCUCAUGCAUAUGUUAUUUUUCUCUGUAGUGAAUAAAGUCGAGAUGCUAAAUUACUCGAUUUUCUCAAACAGCUGACAUAACCGUAU